GGAAGUUUAUUUCUUUGAGACUAAACACUGAAGGAACACUGAAGGAACACUGAUGGCUUUCUUCAACCCUCUGUGUGCAGCAGCUCUGCUGACUCUGCUGAUCCAAGGAUCUCAUGCACAAAUAGGAGUUUGCGGCAUGUCCACUGUGAACGCCAGGAUUGUUGGGGGACAAAAUGCUCUUGCAGGCAGCUGGCCCUGGCAGGCCAGUCUGCAGACACCAACAAUUUUCUGUGGAGGAUCUCUUAUAAACAAGAGAUGGGUUCUGACUGCAGCUCACUGCACGUCAGGCACCACAGCGGGUGAGUGGACUGUGCAUCUGGGUCGUCUGCUUCAACAGGGGUCCAACCCUAACGAGGUGUCUCGAUCAGUGACGCAGAUCAUUCAGCAUCCUGGCUACGUUUCAGGGACCUUCGAUAAUGACAUCAGCCUCCUGCAGCUCUCAGUUGACGUGAAUUUCACAGCCUACAUUUUGCCAGUCUGCCUGGCAGCAUCGGGCAGCACCUUCAACGCUGGCACCGACACCUACGUCACUGGCUGGGGGAAGAUCAGUGAAACAGUCUCGCUUCCUUCUCCACAAAAUCUUCAGGAGGUGAAGGUGCCAAUUGUAGGUCCCAGAACAUGCAAGUGUGACUAUGGAGCUUCAGUCAUCACCAGCAACAUGAUCUGUGCCGGAUUUCAGGAGGGUGGGAAGGACGCCUGCCAGGGUGACUCAGGUGGUCCGCUGGUGAUCAAGAAUAACACUGUUUGGGUCCAGGCUGGAAUUGUGAGUUUUGGAGAGGGUUGUGCUGAGCCUAAUUUCCCUGGAGUCUACACCAGAGUGUCUGUGUAUGAGACCUGGAUUAAAAGUUACAUCACCUCAGACCAGCCUGGCUUCAUCAUCUACACAUCCACUGGGACCGACAGUGACCUCAGUGUCUCCUGUAAUGGUGUACCGCCACUUCCAACCACCACUAUGACCACCACCACAUCGCCAACCACAACUACAAUGACCACACCUCCAACCACAACUUUACAGCGAAUCACACCUCCAACCACUACCACAGCCACCACUACACCUCCAACCGCAACUACAACCACCACACCUCCAACCACUACCACAGCCACCACUACACCUCCAACCGCAACUACAACCACCACACCUCCAACCACUACCACAGCCACCACUACACCUCCAACCGCAACUACAACCACUAUGACUACCACCGCACAUCCAAGCACUGUUACAACCUCUAAGACCACCACUGCACAUCCAGCCACUACUACGGCCACCACCAUGCAUCCAACCACUACUACAACAACCACUACCGUGCCUCCAACCACUACCACAGCCACCACUACACCGUCAGUCAAAGUUCCUGUACCUACAACAGUCACAGCCAAAUCUGUGGUGUGCGGCCAGGCCCCUUUGAAUUCACAAAUUUUGGCAGCAAACUCUGCUGCCACUGCGGGUGAGUGGCCGUGGAUGGCGAGCUUACAGAUGAAUGGAAGUCACAUGUGUGGAGGGACUCUGGUAGCUGAGGACGCCGUGCUGAGUGCUGCCGGCUGUUUGUCAAGUUCAACCAGUCCAUCUGAAUGGACUGUCAUCUUGGGUCGUUUGAAACAGAAUGGAUCCAACCCCUUUGAGAUAACACUGAAUGUGACAAAUAUCACUUUGAGCAACCUGACUGGGUCUAACGUGGCGGUGCUGCACCUGGCAACCCGACCAACCCUGUCUGACUACAUCCAGCCCAUCUGCAUGGACAGUGGACAGAACUUUCCUGUCAACUCUCUAUGCUGGAUAGCUGGAUGGAGCUCCCAGCAAGGAGGAGAAGAACAAGUUCUGCAGGAGUUCCAGACCUCAGUGUUGGACUGUGGGAAUGCAUCAGUGGCAAGUGACAGCAUUUGUACAGCACGUGUUACUCUGCACGAGACUGAUGCUGGAGGACCUCUGAUGUGUAGGUUGGAUGGCUCCUGGUAUCAGGCGGCGGUGUUACCAGUUGACAGCACCAUCAAUGGGACAAGGCGAGCUCGGAGGAGUCCCUCCCAAAUGGUCUUCUCUAAACUCAGCCGCUUCCAGUCCUUCCUGACGGACGCUGUGGGGCAGUUCUUAUCACCAGCCGUGAACAGCACAGCACUGGCAGCAAUCUCAAACACCACCAUGACCUCAAUCACAACUACGGCCACGCCCACAAACACCACCAUGACCUCAAACACAACUACGGCCACACCCACAACCAGAAACACCACCAUGACCUCAAACACAACUACGGCCACGCCCACAACCAGAAACACCACCAUGAUCUCAAACACAACUACGGUCACGCCCACAAUCACAAACACCACCAUGAUCUCAAACACAACUACGGCCACGCCCACAACCAGAAACACCACCAUGAUCUCAAACACAACUACGGUCACGCCCACAAUCACAAACACCACCAUGAUCUCAAACACAACUACGGCCACGCCCACAACCAGAAACACCACCAUGAUCUCAAACACAACUACGGCCACACCCACAAUCACAAACACCACCAUGAUCUCAAACACAACUACGGCCACGCCCACAACCACAAACACCACCAUGACGUCAAACACAACUACGGCCACACCCACAAACACGAUAAUCACGAGCACAAAUGCAAAUCCAACCACAACCACAGCUCCAUCUCUUACCACGUUGUCCACAGACAGCGCCACCACUGGAGGCUCUCCAGCUCGCUCUCCCUUCGUCUCCUUUUUCCGUCUUCUCCUCUUCUCUGUCUGUCUCCACCUCUACUUAUAGAAAGAACCUUGAUGUUCAUGUUUAAUCUGUAAAUACCUUCACAAUAGGACAAAUAACUAUGAAUGUGAACACCAUGUCUACAAACUCUAAGGCCUCAGUCACACCAGAACGCAGUGUGACCCAAUUUAACACAACGCGUGCAGUCACCUUGGUAUCAAGUUCCAACCAGGAAUCCCACAUCUGUGACUACCUCCAGUCAGUUGCACAGUCAGAUUAUGAUGAAAUCUCCAUAAGACGGAGUUCGACAGCAAGUCAGGUGCUUUGGGAGUACGAGUAAAGAAGUACCAGUUCAGCAAUUACAUGCAAACUGUAGGCAAUGAUACAGAGAAUGACAGUGACAAAGAGGCGAACAGCACAUAGUGCAGCAGAUAACUGAAACAAUCGUGCAAAUGGUGAUACAAGCACUAAGGUUGGCACAAAUACUCUUUAGACAUUACAUUGCUCUUUUGAACAAACUGACUGGCCACUUGAAUUUUCA